AUGCCACUCAGAUGUAUACAUUAUCUAUUUAUUGCAGUAUCUAUCUAUAUAUCUAUCUGUUCAUAUCUAUCUAUCUAUCUAUCUAUCUAUCUAUCUAUCUAUCUAUCUCUUUCGCUUUCUACUAAUGUCUAUGUUAAUUUUGUUAGUAUAUUGGUGAAUCUAAUUCUCACUCUUUGUAUCUAUCUUUCAAACUCAAUCUGUAUCUGUCCAUUUGUCUUUCUCAAUCUGCAUAUAUCUUAUUUAUAUCUAUCUAUCUAUCUAUUUAUCUAUCAUCUUUGUAUUUAUCUAUCUCAGUUUCUAUCUAUCUAUCUAUCUAUCUAUCUAUCAUCUUUGUAUUUAUCUAUCUCAGUUUCUAUCUAUCUAUCUAUCUAUCUAUCUAUCUAUCUAUCUCUAUAUAUAUAUAUAUGUUUAUUAUAUGUUUACCAAGAAUCCCUUUUCCAGAAAUCAGACUUGGGGAAGAAUUUUUCAGAACCAAAUGUAUAUAUUUAUUUCAGUUUGUUAAUCACUCACUUUCUCUCUGCAUAUAUAUGUAAACGUGUUUGA